GUUAUCGGACGGUCUCUGGCUGGGUUGGGGCGGCCCUGGGACCGCGGAAGAGACUCCCGAGGGCGGCCGCGAUGCCUCGCCCGCAGCGGGUCAGUCAGCUCCUGGAUCUAUGCCUUUGGUGCUUCAUGAAGAAUAUUUCCAGAUACAUCACAGACAUUAAGCCUUUGCCUCCCAACAUAAAAGAUAGACUGAUUAAAAUAAUGAGCAUGCAGGGGCAGAUCACAGAUUCAAACAUAAGUGAGAUUUUACAUCCUGAAGUCCAAACUCUAGAUCUGCGGAGCUGUGAUGUUUCGGAUACUGCUCUCCUGCACCUGUGUAACUGCAGAAAACUGAAGAAAUUAAACUUAAAUUGUUCAAAAGGGAACAGAAUUUCCAUAACUUCAAAAGGAAUAAAAGCUGUGGCAUCAUCUUGUUCUUACCUGCAUGAAGCUACUUUGAAAAGAUGCUGCAACCUCACGGAUGAAGGAGUCCUUGCUCUUGCGCUCAAUUGCCGGCUGCUAAAGAUCAUUGACUUAGGUGGCUGCUUAGGUAUUACCGAUGUGUCGUUACAUGCAUUAGGAGAAAACUGCUCAUUUUUGCAGUGUGUUGAUUUUUCAGCUACUCAGGUAUCUGACAAUGGUGUGGUUGCGCUUGUCAGUGGACCCUGUGCCAAGAUAUUAGAGGAGAUUCAUAUGGGACAUUGUGUGAACCUGACUGAUGAGGCUGUAGAAGCUGUCCUUACUUGCUGUCCUCAGAUACGCAUAUUACUCUUCCAUGGAUGCCCCCUCAUAACAGAUCAUUCACGAGAAGUCUUGGAGCAAUUAGUAGGCCCAAACAAACUAAAGCAAGUGACGUGGACUGUUUAUUGAUGCUUAUUGAAGCUCUUGAAAGCUGUGAUCGUCAUGCUACUGGCCCAGGAAACAGUGGUCUUAGACACUGGCUUUCCAAUAAUAUGGUUUGUGCUUUGAAGUUAACCAGACUCUUAAACAUUUUAA